AGGUGGACUUAGUAUCCCUUCUAAGGUCAAAGCAUUACCUGUACCUAUGGCUGCUGUUUCUGUGGUGGCUUGUUUACAAUAGUGCUGACAGAGGAAGGGCAACUUUGGAAUUGGGGAGAUGAAGGCAAAGUUCUUUCUUGGGGAUAUGGUGGACAUGGUCAGUUGGGUCAUUCUUCACCGAAAAUCAGAAAGUACCUGUGGUGAUCGAGGCUUUAGCUGAUGAGUGUGUAGUUUACUUCUCUUGUGGGGGCUCAUCGUCAGCAGCCAUAACACACGACGUGAUACGACUCGUAUUCUAAGUUUUCUCAACCAACUAUUCUUACAAAACUCCCUGAUACAAUCAAGAAAGCUUAAAGCAAGAGAAAAUAUAACCAAGAGAGAGUUAUCACCAGAAAAACCAGAAGCAAAAAUGAGUUACAACUACUGAUUUUGCAAAGCGGCUGUUGGAUCGAGAUGGUCAGUUCUCAAUCACAGUUCUUGUCAUCAUGAAAACAAUUGAUGGCUCUUCUGAUCACACUCGAUCACUUCCAGCUUUUGAUACUCAAAUAAGGUUCAUUAAUCUUCAUUAUGUAGACCCUCCUUCACUGGAAAAAUCUAAAGUUUCCAGAGAAAAACUUGUGAUUGAUCAUAGAGGGAGUUACAAACCUUAUGUUAAAGAAGCUAUUAUUAAGAAUGUUCUUUCAAACACUAACUCAGCUCCACUUGCUGGGUUGGUGUUUGAUAUGUUUUGUUCAUCAAUUGUAGAUGUGGGAAAUGAACUAGGUGUUCCUUCUUAUUUGUUCUUCACUUGUAAUGCAGAUUUUCUUGGUCUCAUGUUGUACCUUCCAGGUCGAGAUGAUGAAGUUGGAAGAGAGUUUGAAGAGUUAUAUUCUGAUUAUAUAAUUCCUGGUUAUGUUAAUCCAAUUCCUAGCAGAAUUAUGCCUUUGUUUUUGUUUAACAAGUAUGGUGGUUAUGAUACAUUUGUGAAGAUUGGAAGAAGAUUCAAGGAGACCAAAGGGAUUAUUGUCAACACUUACACAGAGCUGGAGGCUCAUGCUGUUAAAUUUUUGUUGAAUGAUUUUGAAGACGAUAAUUUACAUCAUGUUUACACAGUUGGGCCGCUUUUUGAUGUGAAGGGGGAGAGUGUUAAGUUAUGUUUCAGUGAUGAUUCAGAAAGAGAUGAGAUCAUGAAAUGGCUUGAUGAUCAACCUGAUUCAUCAGUUGUUUUCUUGUGCUUUGGAGGCCUAGGGAGCUUUGAUGGAGAGCAAGUGAAAGAAAUAGCACUCGGGCUGGAGCAAUGUGGUCACAAAUUCUUGUGGUCUUUACGCAAGCCGCCACCAAAGGAUAAAUUUGAAGGGCCUAGUGAUUACAAAGGUGAUCUCCAGGAAGUAUUGUCAAAUGAGUUCCUGGAGAAAACAAAUAAGAAUGGUUUGGUAUGUGGAUGGACACCACAAAAGGAAGUGUUGGGUCAUAAAUCAGUAGGAGAAUUUGUUUCACAUUGUGGGUGGAAUUCAGUCUUGGAGAGCUUGUGGUUUGGAGUUCCAAUUGCAACAUGGCCUAUGUAUGCAGAGCAACAGCUUAAUGCAUUCCAAAUCGUGAAAGAUUUGGGAUUGGCUGUGGAGUUGAGAUUGGAUUAUAGAAAUACUAGUGGAGAAGUUGUGUUGGGAGAUGAGAUAGCAAGAGCUGUAAAAUGUGUGAUGGACACUGAUAACGAAGUAAGGAAGAAGGUCAAAGAAGAGAGUGAAAAUAGCAGAUUAGCAGUGAUGAAUGGUGGAUAUUCAUAUGCUGCAUUUGGACAAUUGAUUGAGGAUAUAUUAGGAAACAUGCCAUGAAUAUAUCAAAAAAUCUUUGGAAACAUAUGAAAACGUUUUCUCAUGUUAACUUGCUGCCAAUGUUUUAACCAUUGCCAACUUCUACUCAAACUGUGAUUACUUGGUUUCUUUCUGCUUCAAUUUUAUUUCAAUGUGAUCAAAUCUUGUUUCUUGCUGCUUCUACUGCAUAAACUGGAAACGAGAAAGAUUCUAAAUUUCAUGUUGGGGUUAGUGUCCAUGCCUCAAAGGGCUCAAACUUUCUUCAGUGCUCAAUCAAAUUCUGUUCAAAAUUGCGCCACUGCCAUGUGAUUAACUUGCUGGAACUAAGGACACUUGUCGUGUAUGCUA